GUCUCUUUGAGUGUGAGUCACACAUAUUCCCAACUACGUGCCAUCUGUGUCAUACAAGUCCCGAUUAAUUUCAUUUUUAGCUUGCAAUUAAUUGAUAUUUAUAGAAUCAGUAGAAUUCUAUUCUUCGGCAAAAAUAUGAAUCAGUUUGAGAUGAUUCUUCAAAAUACACUCCCUGAUGAUAUUGCUCUCAACAUAGCUUCUUUUCUCCAGGUGUUGGAGCUCUGCUCGUUAGGUUCUUGCUCUAAAUUUUGGCGGGAGUUGUGUUCUACUGAUUAUCUUUGGGUUUCUCUAUCUAAAGAUAGAUGGCCUGCUUUGGGUAUUUCUUCAGAAUCACCAAUUCCUUUGAUUCUCAAUAACAGCAAUACAGGAUCAUCAUCACUAUCAUCCAAUGAAAAUAUCCAGGUACAAAAUUCGUCUGCAAAGGGAUGGAGGAGAUUUUACAUAAACAAACAUGGUGAUAUGGCUAGUAGAGCUAGUAAUAUUAUUAAGUUUGUAGAAGAAGGUACUAGCCCAUCAAAAUUUCUUGAGAUUGGGGAUUUUGUGAAAGCAGUUCAGGACUUAUCUUUGAUGGAUUUUGGGUUUAAAGAUGUUGUCAUGUUCUUCUUCUCGUCCAAACAGAAUGUGUUGGUUAACCUCGCCGGCUUGCACUACUGCAUAUUUUGGCUUAAUGUAUCGGCUGAAGAUGCGAUUGCCGCUCUUAGGAAUUGUGGCAUACAAGAGCGAGAACUCUGUGUGAGUUGUUGGAAACUAGGAAGAUGGUUUUACGGAUUUCGUAUGCGUGAUGAAUCCAACAUCCGACGGGUGUCUUUAGGAGAUCUUGCAUUAGCAAAAGAAAAUGAAGUUCUCGGGGUACUCUAUAGAGGAGCAAUACAUGAGGUGUUGCGCGUUCAGAUCUCUAUCCCUCCUCCUGCUUGCAUCACUUCCCUUCAUGCUCAAUAGUGGCUGCACCCCAUCCAGGUACGCUAAUAUGUCUGAUAUGCAAUUUAUGUACAUCGCAGUGUAAUGUUUGUCGAAGGUUCAGUUCCCAGCUAAUUUCCCGUCUCUAUAAAACUCACCUGCCUCUUGUGCAUAUAUGGUUUUCUUUUAGUCACUCGAUAUGUAUCAAUAUGCUCAAUAAAUGUAAAUAUGCUCAUUACACAUGGCUAUAGAUUGGAUUCUUCAUUUAUGGUUUUAUGUGAAUGAUUCCUAAAAUAACAAAAUCUGAAAUUUAUGUACUGUUUCAAUAUUUUAA